AAAAGAUCCCAACUUACUUGAAUUGUGUUCACCUCGUCGGUCUAAACCGACAAUUUGCUUGAAUCGGAAAAACACUCUGGAUGGCAUCCUUCUUAUAGCCACACACUUCUAACUCCCCCAACCGCAGCCAUGGAAUCCCCCGAGUCCGACGACCCCGUCAUCGCAUCCUACGAUGUGUUCCUUACCGACUCCGAAAUCUCUCGAUACGUCUUGCAGUACCUCGACCGACCGACCGACGAUGCCUACGAUGAUCGCCAUGGCCAGAAACCCGCCGCGUUCCGCAUGAAGCAGAAGACCGGCCUCGUGGAGGUGGACGUCCCGAUCAACACGCGCGUUAACUAUGAUGUCAGCAAGGGCCUGCGGUACGGCGAUGCACUGAAGAAAAGCCGCAGCGCCCGCGAGGGAGGCGCAUUUGGUAUGGCGGGGGGCUUUAGCAGCGGCGGCACCGGAGGGAAGGUGAAGGUGGAGGGAAACGGGGACGUGGACAUGGGCGGGAUGGGAGGCGGCGAGGGGGCGUCUUUAUUGCGCAUGCAGACCCUGGGAGGUCGUGUUAAGCCUCCUGAGAAUGGGGAUCCGGUCUACAUGCUGGCUGCGUUCCGUGGGAAGAAUCUACACCUCUCUCCUGUCUCUGCUGUUGUUCAAUUACACCCUCAGUUGCACCACCUUGAUGCGCUGGAUGAUAUUCCCACGAAGGGUCGGGGUGGAAAGGGUCGAAAGGACGGCGACGAGGAGCGCCCGGCUGAAAGUGAAGCCCGCGCCAUCGAUGUGAAAAUCAAGGCGGCCGAGGAUAGCGAGGGAGCCAUGGUUGCUGGCAAUCUAAACCUUCUGAAGAAGAUGCAGGAUGAGAAAUGGAAUUCCUACGACUGGGUUGAUGCCGAGACCGAGGAGUCGUGGCACGUCUACGAGAGUUUCAUGAUGCAUCAAGACCCAGAGAACCUGCCGCAGCUCGACUCGGCGAUUAACAGCGACGAUUAUUUGGAUACGAUGAGUGCGCCGCGAAUCGACCCAGCACGGCCGGAGAUGACUGGAUGGGCGAUGAAGCAGAAUCGAAGGAAACACGGGGAACAAACGCAGCCCACCGAGGGUAAUCCGGAGGAGGGAUAGAUACUCGAGUCUACCGAAUGAAAGUCCAACAUGAGUUUACGCAUG